CAAAAUUCCUAAUCGUUUUUCUUUUCACAGCUAUUUUCCACAGUGGUUCAUUUUGCAAUCUUAAAAUCCACCCACUUUUAUUCCUUCUAAGUACUUGCUUUAAAGCAAAGCGUUACGUUCUAAACCGUGGCAUUUCAACAAUUGCUUCGUUGGCCCCAAAUAUUUGAUUCAACCCAUUAGCCUUGUAAACUACCUACCUCCACCUGUACUAUUAUUUCGUGUAUUAUAUCCUCCAACAUGAUCGGAAACUACCCCAUGCGCCAGGACUACACCUCCUUGGACCACCACCACUGCUCUCCCAAUGACCACUUGCAGCCGGCCUUGGUACAAGUGUGUCCGUCCAUUUACUAUGGAAACUUGAACAGUCUUUCAGAUCGACUGUUUGCUAACCACAACUUCAAAAUCAUCGUCAACUGCUUGCCUACCUAUAAGUUCUUGAACCGUUUGGACCACCAGUCACACGGCGUGUCAUUGUCGUCGGAUGUUAUUGUUCUCUCGUUGGACUUGGGUUUUGAUAUUAACAAGUACUCUGAGCACGAAAAGCAGUUGCUCGACGAGUUCACUAGCACCUACAAUAAGGUGCUUCAGAACUUCAUGAGCUUCUUUGUCACUUAUAACGACAACAUCUCCAACCAUAUCCACGGGUUACCCAACAACUUGAAUUUGAAUUUGCAGCACCCGAUUUUGACGGGUAAUUUGAAGAACAAUCUCUUCAAAUUGAUACGAAUCAUCAAGCUUUUCAAGAUUAUCAACAGCUCGAUUGAAGUGCUUGUGGUGGGGGAGUUUAACGAAAACUGCUCCAAAGCACUUCUCAUUGGAUACUUGAUGGAUAACUAUAAUUACAACCUCAAUGCGUGUUUGCACUACUUGAGUGGCCGUGUGGCCCUCAACUUCAACUCCAACUACUACAACGACUUGCUAAUUCUUGAGAACUUGAAGAAGUUCUACCGAGAAAAUAGUGAUAUCAAGCUGGGUUCGAGUGUGUUGUUCAACAACAAAGAUGGUAAGAGGGCGAGAGAUGAUGACGGGGUGUGUGGUAAGCGGGCAAGAUGGGAAAGUGGGAGGGUUUAGGUUUUGUAUUAAAUGACUGUAUGUAAAAAUAUACUAUUGAACAAUUGAACUAGUGCCUGCGUGGUUUCGUGAAUAUGUGUAGCACCGAGUGUGAUGACCGACUUCUCUACUGAGGUACAGUGAACCCGACCCGGUUGGCUGACUUCUCCACUGUUUCUGACUGGUCCAUCCCGAGUCCCAGGUUGUACCGCUCAAUCAACUCCUGGUACGUCCUUUGUCCGUAGAGGAAAUCACUGACAUUCUUAAAAUGCUGCUGUUGAAUCCGAGUUGGGUUUGGAUUUUCUGCACUGAACUCAGCGAAAAGCUGCUUAAACGCUUCUUCAAACUUUGCCGAUGGUUUCAAAUCAACUUGCAAGUUCUUCAACUGAGCAUCCACCUCUGCGAUGGACCGGUUCUGCUUGAUGAGUUGAAUCUUCUUAUAUUCAAGCAUAGCUUUGUUCUUGGCGAGAUUGGACUUCUCGUGAACCUUGUGGCUUCUUGCCGCUAUCACACGAAGUUCCUUGAUGAUGUUUUUAUAUACGGGUAACAUCGCUU